CCUCGGCGGUCUACCUGCAGCCGUAUCGCGCAUUCUCAUCGCGCAUCCCGCAUCCCGCAUCCCGGUGCCGCGCGGAGCCGGGAGCCGAGGAUGGUCCUGAGCGAGGAGCCGGCCGCGGGCGCGCGGGAGGACGGCGCGGAGGAGGGGGCGCAGGCCCGCGGUGGAGCCCUGGAGGCGUUCGGCGACAGCGCGGAGACGCGCGAGCUGCUCGGCCGCCUGCGGGCGGUAUUCGGCGACCGCGCGGCCCAAGAGGGCGCCUUGGAGCGGUUCCGCGUAAUAAUGGACAAAUACCAGGAGCAGCCCCACCUCUUGGACCCUCACCUUGAAUGGAUGAUGGACUUGUUGUUGGAUAUAGUGCAAGAUAAGACAUCUCCAGGUGACCUUGUACAUCUGGCUUUUAAAUUUCUUUACAUCAUCACCAAGGUUCGAGGAUAUAAAGCGUUUCUUCGUUUAUUUCCUCACGAAGUAGCUGAUGUGCAGCCUGUUUUAGAUAUGUUUACACAUCAGAAUCCCAAAGACCAUGAAACUUGGGAGACUCGCUACAUGCUUUUAUUGUGGCUCUCCAUGACCUGCCUGAUCCCUUUCGAUUUUUCACGCCUUGAUGGGAACCUCCUGACUCAACGUGGGCAAGUUCGAAUGUCCAUAAUGGACCGAAUUCUCCAGAUUGCAGAGUCCUACUUGGUGGUCAGCGACAAGGCCCGGGACGCAGCUGCUGUGCUCGUGUCCAAGUUUGUCACACGGCCUGACGUCAAGCAGAAGAAGAUGGCGGGUUUCCUGGACUGGAGCCUGUGCACCUUGGCCCGUUCCUCCUUCCAGACCAUCGAGGGGGUCAUUGCCAUGGACGGCACGCUGCAGGCCCUGGCACAAAUAUUUAAGCAUGGAAAACGUGAAGACUGUUUACCCUAUGCUGCCACCGUUCUUGCGUGCCUGGAUGGCUGCAGGCUCCCCGACAGCAACCAGACCCUGCUCCGGAAACUUGGGGUGAAGCUUGUGCAGCGGCUGGGCCUGACCUUCCUGAAACCCAAGGUGGCGAAGUGGAGGUACCAGCGUGGCUGCCGCUCCUUGGCUGCUAACCUACAGCUCUGUGCCCAGAGUCAGACAGGGCCCCAGAUGCGCGCCAAGACUCCCGACAGCGAUGCAGACGACGACGAUGUCCCUGAGGAGGUGGAGAGCGUGAUAGAGCAGCUGCUGGUGGGGUUGAAGGACAAGGACACCAUUGUGCGCUGGUCUGCUGCCAAAGGCAUUGGUAGGAUGGCUGGAAGGCUUCCUAAAGAGCUGGCGGACGACGUGGUUGGAUCUGUGUUGGACUGCUUCAGUUUUCAGGAGACAGACAAUGCCUGGCAUGGCGGGUGUCUGGCGUUGGCGGAACUGGGCAGAAGAGGCCUGUUGCUCCCUUCUCGACUUGCGGACGGUGCUGUGGAGGGGUCAUCAGAGGUUUCUGAGCAGGAGAAUGACGGGAUAAAGCCUUUGAAGACUCUCUGUGCCAAGGACUCGGGUAGAAGGUGGCCAGUUGUUGCUGUGAUCCUGAAGGCGCUGACCUACGAGGAGAAGCGGGGUGCCUGCAGUGUGGGUGCCAACGUCAGGGAUGCUGCCUGCUACGUCUGCUGGGCCUUCGCACGUGCCUACGAGCCGCAGGAGCUGAAGCCCUUUGUGGCCGAGAUUUCGAGUGCACUGGUGAUUGCUGCAGUGUUUGACCGCAACGUAACCUGCAGGAGAGCAGCCUCUGCUGCUUUCCAGGAGAAUGUGGGAAGACAGGGCACUUUCCCUCAUGGAAUUGAUAUUUUGACCACGGCCGACUACUUUGCUGUUGGUAACAGAUCCAACUGCUUCCUGGUCAUAAGCAUGUUUAUUGCCGGCUUUCCUGAGUACACACGACCCAUGGUCGACCACCUGGUUGCCAAGAAGAUCAACCACUGGGAUGGGGUCAUCAGAGAGCUGUCGGCGAAAGCACUGGGUAACCUGGCCCAGCGAGCGCCUGAGUACAGCGCCACUCACGUCUUCCCACGUCUGCUGUCGAUGACGCGGAGUCCAGACCUGCACACGCGGCAUGGGGCAGUGCUGGCCUGUGCGGAGGUCGCCCACAGCCUGUCCAGACUCGCGGUGCAGGAGGACAGGCCCGUCGUGGACGACCUGGACGAGAAGGUGGUGCAGGGCCUGAAGCAGAUUCACCAGCAGCUUUACGACCGUCAGUUAUACAGGGGUCUAGGAGGAGAACUCAUGAGACAAGCAGUGUGCGUUUUAAUAGAAAACUUGUCCCUUUCCAAAAUGCCCUUCAGAGGUGAUGCUGUAAUUGAUGGUUGGCAGUGGCUGAUAAAUGACACUUUGAGAAACCUCCAUCUUAUUUCAAGUCAUUCUAAACAACAGAUUAAGGAAGCGGCUGUCUCGGCACUGGCCGCUCUCUGCAGCGAGUACCGCAUGGAGGAGCCUGGGGAGGCAGAUCCCGCCUGGCAGGAGGAGCUGAUAAAGCAGUAUCUCGCUGAACUUCAGAGCCCAGAGGAGAUGACUCGCUGUGGCUUCUCGCUAGCCUUGGGCGCCCUUCCAGGCUUCGUUCUGAAAGGCAAGCUCCAGCAGGUUCUAGCAGGCUUAAGAGCCGUCACCCACAUUUCUCCCGAGGACCUGAGCUUUGCCGAGUCCAGGCGGGAUGCCUUGAAGGCGAUUGCUAGGAUCUGCCAGACUGUCGGUGUGAAAGCAGAAGGGAGCCCGGAUGAAGUUGUGUGUAGGGAGAACAUUUCCCAGAUUUACUGCACGCUGCUGGACUGCCUGAGCGACUACACCACUGACAGCCGUGGGGACGUGGGGGCGUGGGUCCGUGAGGCCGCCAUGACCAGUCUGAUGGACCUGACGCUGCUGCUGGGGAGGGACCAGCCGGAGCUGCUCGAGGCCCGUGUCUGUGAGCGGGUCAUGUGCUGCGUGGCCCAGCAGGCGAGUGAGAAGAUCGACCGGGUCCGUGCGCAUGCUGCCCAUGUGUUCAUGGCACUGCUACACUCUGAUGGCCCUCCCAUCCCGCACCUGCCCCACCGAGGAGACCUGCAGGAGCUCUUUCCCAGGUCCGACGUGGCCUCUGUGAACUGGAACGCGCCAUCCCAGGCCUUCCCUCGCAUCACCCGUCUCCUGGGGCUGCCCGCCUAUCGCUACCACGUCCUGCUGGGGCUGGCUGUGUCCGUGGGCGGCUUGACGGAGUCCACGGUCCGGUGCUCGACGCAGAGUCUCUUUGAAUACAUGAAGGGAAUUCAGGACGACCCGCAGGCCCUGGAGGGCUUUGGCGGGACCCUUCUGCAAGUCUUUGAGGACAACCUUCUGAACGACAGGGUCUCUGUGCCGCUGCUGAAGACACUGGACCAGAUGCUGGCCAAUGGGUGCUUCGACAUCUUCACCACGGAGGAGAACCAUCCCUUCUGUGUGAGGCUGCUUGCGCUUUGUAAGGAAGAAAUCAAGAAGUCCAAAGAUGUCCAGAAGCUGCGGUCCAGCAUCGGGGUGUUCUGCGGGAUGGUGCAGUUCCCGGGGGACGUCAGGAGAAAGGUCCUCCUGCAGCUGUUCCUUCUGCUCUGCCACCCAUUCCCCAUGAUCCGGAAGACCACGGCCAGCCAAGUGUAUGAGAUGGUGCUUACCUACAGCAGCGUUGUGGGCAUGGACGUCCUGGACGAGGUCAUGGCUGUGCUCAGCAGCACGGCCUGGGACUCGGAGCUCCCGCUUGUGCGAGGCCAGAGGAACCGCCUGUGUGACCUCCUUGGAGUGCCCAGACCACAGCUGGUCCCCAAGCCCAGUGCCUGCUGAGGCCAGUCCUGGGAGCUGAGCCCUUGAGGUCACCCAGCAGGAGAGGAGCUAGAUGAUAGCACGGAAACCUGGACACAGCACCUUGGCCAUCAGAGGGUGGCAUCAGCUGAUGCUUGUGCCAAAGGACUUGGUCACCACGGCGGUGGCUUUUCCACACACGCGUCCUGCGCUGGAGUGACCUGGGGUGCUGGUGCUUUUGUCUUUACGUAACUGCGAGCCCACGUCUUAUAAAAACCUUACAAAAUCG